CAUAGUAGUUGGACGUGUAAAGUAUAUACAUUUAUAACUUAAAUGCUAAACGAACGAAAACGAUGUCGAUUAUAGUUUAACGAGGACUGAGAUUUUCUAACACUAUACAAACAUUUAUUAACCCAUAAAAAUAUCAUACGACACAAUUGUGUAGAUAGUUCGAGUCGUUUAUUUCCUUUUGUCUUGAAAUAAUUCUAAUAAGUUAUCUGUGUGUUUAAGUUACUCUAUUAUUCUAGUACAUACUAUAUAGCAAGUAGAUCACAGAGACAGAUCAGCUGAUACUUUUUAAAAUAAAAACAAAAAGAAGCGUAGUAAAAAUCAUCCAUAAUCGAAUAUAGACCAUUACUUGAAUAAAACAAGUAAUAGAAGAAUCCGGGCCAUGUCUUUAGAUAAGAUCUACAGUGAGGAAACUGUGAACGAUCUAUUGGACCGGCUCACUUUAAGGCAGUUGCAUUUAAUGGAAGAAAAAAUGUGUCGAGAAUUAAACAUAGAAUCUAACAUAAACAAUGGUUGCUUCAAUUUAGCUAAGUCACGAUACAUUAUGGGCCAGACAGCAGUUAGUAAAGAGAGACUACCCACAGAGGCUAGCUCAGAAUUCUCAGCUUUAACAAGGUGUGAGACUAUAGAAGAAGAUGGUGAGAUGAAACUUAAAAUUGUUGAAAAUGAUUUGAAUACUGUAAACCCAAUGCACUGGUUUGGCGUAUUAGUGCCUCAGAAUCUUCAUAAAGCCAAAAUCAUCUUUCAAAAUGCACUUAACUUUAUAGUGGAAUGUGCCAACAUACAAAUACAAAUACAGGAAAAUUUAAAUAAUAUUGAUGCGUUGAAACAGUACAAAGUGAUGCUAAACCCAUGAAGUUUUAAACACAAUUUCUACAUAAAAAAUAUUCAAUAUAAAUAUACAAUAUAAUUUAAAUUAAUUACUUAACUGAUAACCAGCCAUCCUUAUCCAAUGAAUCUAGUAACUCUAGACUAAUGUUUUCUGUACUCAAUAAAUUUCUAGUAUGUUAUUGAUCAUUGUAUGUAUUAUAACAAUCAUGUUAUAGGGCUUUUAUAGAUGAAAGAAACUCUUAAUGUCUGCCUGCCUCUCAGGUACUGCCCCGCUGCCUGUUGACACUCAUAUCAUAGAACAACUUCUGCAAACCGAAGCCUCAGGUGUAGUUUAAAAAAAGUUGUUGACUUAUUACUUAUGUACAUGGCAAUUUAUCCUAGGAGUGCAUUAAAGACAAAGUAAUAGAUUGACCCACAUUGAUCAUGUAAAAAUAGAUACUAUAUUGAAUAUUCUGGCUAUAAUGUGAUGGCACCACAGAAAAGCAGAAAUCCUUGAAAGCAUUUAAUCUAAUAUAAAAUUCAAGAUUUAAAUAUUGUGAAUAUUUGCUAAAACUUAUUUUGUAAAUUUCAUGUUUUCGAUCCUUUUCCAAUAUAUUUGAUAGCAUUUAUUACU